AUGUAUCCUGAUCAUUUGCCAUUGUUGUUGACCAAGUUGAAAAUUCUUGCAGAUAAGAAGCGCUCGCAGACAGAAGACGAGACCAUGGCCUUGGUUAUCCAGCAUAUUCUUGAGCUCUGCCAUCCGGAUGAUGUGCUCAAGUACAUGGGUUCUCAUCACGGGGAUCACAGUGUCGAACAUGUGACUAUGAAGAAAGAGAUGGAGGAACGGAAGGAAGCAAUAAUUGAUUGUAUGCUGGCCCGGGCUCAUCGUGUUGUUGACGGUUUUUUGAAACAGAAGAAGGACUGUCCUGCCUGUUUCCGAAAGCCAUUAGGACCAGUGUUUGGCGUAGCUCAGCAACCAAAGGCUCAGGUCGACGAGAAACCGAAGAAACCGAAGGACGACGACGAUGUGAAGGCAGAAGAUGUUACUACUGCCGUUGAAGAAGACAGUGAAACCCAUACAUUACAAGAGGUUGAGACAGCGUAUCAUGACCUCCUUACUUGGAUAUCGCCUGACGAUGUAAAGGUGUUGCUAUUAGUCGCGAAGUAUUCCGUCGCUUGUAAUCAUCUCGGAAAAGCGGCAAUGUGCUUACAAAAGUUAGUUGAUGACCUCAGAGGAAACGGUAAAGACGCCUCAGCAUUCGAAGGAGCCAUCAUCGAGAUUUGCGAGAAGAUGGGUUGGAUCCAUGUUGCGGUUCGCCUUAAGAAUGAUCGCUUGGUGCGGAAUCGGCCUACGUACCGGCCAUUUUGA